AGUUUACUCGAAUUUUUAUUCUCGGCUUCUCUGUUUCUAAUGUCAGUUACAUCGUGAUGUUCGAAGUUUAUUAAAAAAGGUUUUUAGUUGUUUAUAACCAAUCGUCAAGAUUUUAACACAUAUGAAAUAUACGUAAAAAAUUUUAGUUGCAUGUGCAUUCUUUAAAUGCUUUUUAUUUAUUGAGCGAAGUAGUCCUCGCUUUUUGUACUUGACCAGCAAAGGCUAUUACUUGUUAAGAUGGCUGAUUCUAGUGACUUGGAUCGGCAAAUAGAACAACUGAAGAAAUGUGAAAUUAUCAAAGAAGCUGAAGUUAAAGCUCUUUGCGCAAAAGCACGGGAAAUUCUUAUAGAAGAAAGUAAUGUGCAAAGAGUUGAUUCUCCAGUCACUGUAUGUGGAGAUAUUCAUGGACAGUUUUAUGACUUGAAAGAACUAUUUAAAGUUGGGGGAGCUGUACCAGAAACAAAUUACCUGUUUAUGGGAGAUUUUGUUGACAGAGGAUUUUAUAGCGUUGAAACAUUCCUUCUUCUUUUGGCAUUAAAAGUUCGUUAUCCUGAUAGGAUUACAUUAAUAAGAGGCAAUCACGAGUCCCGACAAAUUACACAAGUAUAUGGUUUUUAUGAUGAAUGUUUACGUAAAUAUGGCAGCAUUAUGGUUUGGCGAUAUUGUACCGAAAUAUUUGAUUACUUAUCCCUUUCCGCGAUAAUCGAUGGAAAAAUAUUUUGUGUUCAUGGGGGAUUAUCUCCAAGCAUUCAAACUCUUGAUCAAAUAAGAACUAUAGACAGAAAGCAAGAAGUUCCACAUGAUGGCCCGAUGUGUGAUUUACUUUGGUCAGAUCCAGAAGAUACUCAAGGUUGGGGAGUCUCGCCGCGUGGAGCUGGUUAUCUUUUUGGAAGCGACGUUGUAGCACAGUUUAAUACUGCGAACGAUAUUGACAUGAUAUGUAGAGCACAUCAAUUAGUUAUGGAAGGAUUUAAAUGGCAUUUCAAUGAAACUGUUCUAACUGUUUGGUCAGCACCUAAUUAUUGUUACAGGUGCGGAAACGUAGCUGCCAUAUUAGAAUUAAAUGAGCAUCUUCACCGAGAUUUUAUAAUAUUUGAAGCAGCACCACAAGAAAGUCGAGGAAUUCCUAGUAAAAAGCCUCAGGCUGAUUACUUUUUAUAAAAUUUUCAUUAAAUAUGACUGUAUAAACCAAAACAUCUCCAAACAUUUUUUUAAAAGAAAAAGUAACCAAUUACAUAAUAUGUAUUUACACAGACGUAAGCUUGUCGAAUAAAAGGAAAGGAAGACCAUCAUGAAACUAUGAUAAACAAAGGACAAAGUUGAUCAAUUUGUAGUUGAAUAUUAUCAACAGACUGCUGACGGUAUUAAAAAUACCAAUUUGAUAUAAUAAAUAUUACGAAUACAUGUGUUUUUUAA